CUUGGCUUAGGUUCCGGCGACAUGGCUAAACGCACUAAGAAGGUCGGGAUCGUAGGGAAAUACGGGACCCGCUAUGGUGCCUCCCUCCGGAAAAUGGUGAAGAAAAUUGAAAUCAGCCAGCACGCCAAGUACACGUGCUCUUUCUGUGGCAAGACCAAGAUGAAGAGACGAGCCGUUGGCAUCUGGCACUGUGGUUCCUGCAUGAAAACAGUGGCUGGCGGGGCCUGGACCUACAACACGACUUCUGCUGUCACAGUGAAGUCCGCCAUCAGAAGACUGAAGGAACUGAAGGACCAGUAGAAGUGCUAGCAUUUGAUACCCAAGCCUACUCGAUAAUGCACAGCCAACUAAAUAAAUGGGUUAAUUUA